GUCUCUACGUUGAUCCUGUUUCAAGAUUUUUAUUUUACAACGCCGCUGUGGUAUUUAUGUAAAGUUUACGGCGUUAAUAUUCGUGAUGGUGUUCUAUAAAAGGCCAUGGAUUUGAUGAAAACGGAAUAUGAGUUCCUAGACUUGUCAGAUGUGAAAGAAGCGGAGCUCUGUAGUCUGCAGUGUGCACUGUUCGAGCGGAAUCCAGACACGCCGGCAUCAACUGCGUCAGUUGGUUGGGCCGAAUCUGCUUUAGAUAUCUCAUCGUGUUCAUCGAGUACCGCUGGGCCGCCGACAGUGUCGAGCAGCCUGGAUAGCCUGUCGGGCGGCGAGUGCGAGAUGGCGCCCCAUUCGCCAGUUCGGGGCGCGGGCGCGGGCCCGCCGCACGCGCCGCCGCCGCCGUACGUGGCGCCGCCGCCCGCCUACCCGCCGCCGCAUCACCACCAGUGGCCGGUCGCGCCGCCUAAUGUCUACGUCAGCCAGCACGCGCCGCCGCCGCCGUACGUGGCGCCGCCGCCCGCCUACCCGCCGCCGCAUCACCACCAGUGGCCGGUCGCGCCGCCUAAUGUCUACGUCAGCCAGGUGACGGGCCCGCCGCACGCGCCGCCGCCGCCGUACGUGGCGCCGCCGCCCGCCUACCCGCCGCCGCAUCACCACCAGUGGCCGGUCGCGCCGCCUAAUGUCUACGUCAGCCAGGUGACGGCCAACGUCAACGUGCACGGCUACAUGGGCCAGUACUACCAGCCUCAGCCGCAGUACGCGCCGCCGCCGCAGGUCGACAGACCGCCAAGGAACCCGCGCCGCGACCGCCGCGGCAAGCGCGCGCCCUCCCCGCCCCCGCCGCAGCCCCCGCCGUACUACGUCCAGUACCCGCAGUAUUAUCCCGCCGCCCAGGCCCAAGGAGCUCCGCUGUACCAUCUCCCUAUGUACCAACCGCUGGUUUACGGAGCGUAUCCAUACCCGCCUUAUUAUGCUGAUUAUCCUAUGCCGGUCGAAGGCGACGCUGGCGAUAAAGGACCGGAGGAAUACCCACAAGAAGUGGUGAUGGAACAAGAGGCUGUUGAUGCGUACUACGCCAGUGCACAUUACGCCGGGCCGCCGUACGGGCCGCCGGUGGAAGGAGGCGUGGAGUACAUGCCACCGAUAUACCUCCCGCCGCCGCAGCAUCCCCCGCCGGUGCCCAUGCCGCAGCCGCAACCUCCCCAUCAGUCCACGCCGCACCAGUUCAAUGUCCAUGCCAAGAACUUCGUGCAAGGCCAGGGACAGAAGACUUUCACCCCCCCAGAAAAAACCCAGGAACAAAAGACGUCUCCGGUCACGGCUACAGCUUCGGCGACCACAUCUGUAUCCGCCGCUUCCGUGGUCGAAGCGCUGCCGGUUAAAGAUCUCAAAAUCACCGGCAAGGGCCCCGGUAGUCCGAAGCACACCGAGCGCCCCGUCGAUAAUACUCAAGCGAAACCCGCGAUGUCGCCCAGCGAGAAGUCGCCCCCGGCGAUUAAACCGGAAACCUCAAAACCCGCCUGGAUAGCUAACGAGAAUAAGGCCCCCGAAGCCGCGAGUAGCAAUCAAGUUCCGACCGUAACUAAAUCGUUCCCUCCCACCGCGUCGGCUAAUAAUCAAGCGUCCGCUCCCCCCAAAGUGACACCGUCAAUCGGGAAACCCACGAAGGGUCCGGCCGCUCCUUUCUCCGGUGGCAAACAGACGCCGAAACCUCUGGUGCCCCAGAGCAUCGUUCCGGUACAACAGGCUGCAUCGACGCCCAAAGCUCCCUUCGGCAACCGACAGAAGCGCGACGGCCCGCCGAACCGCUCGCCGUCCAACGAGACCGCCGAAAGCACCGAAAGGUCGACGGUACCCGAGCAGCACGUCAAGCGGGAGCCUCCGCUGCCGCCCAGCAAGGCCCCGGUGCCGAUUUCGAUCACGCUGCACUGCCAGGGUCAGCCCGUGAUCGUGACGAACAAGUCUCCGUUCGCUCACUCGAGGAAGGCCGCCGCCGCGGCGCCCGAGCCCCCGCCGGUUCCACAACCGCCACCGCCGGCGCCCACAGCGUCGGAUUUCCCGCCCCCACCGACUCCGAGAAACCGUGGGGAACCGAUUCCGCCCCCAGUGGUCCAGCCUCAGCCUCAACCAGCUCCCGGCAAAUCGUGGGCCAGUCUUUUUUCUAACAAGACGUCGGUAGCCGCUCCAGCGCCGGUCCCGGCUCCCGCUCCGGUCGAGGAGCCGGCCAGUCCGACCACUACAACACCGCCGGUGGCUCCCAACGUGCAAAAACCUGUGGCUAAAGUGUCCCCUUUUGACGCGUCGCCGCUUCAGGCGGCCGUUGUAGACAAGAGCUCGCCCACACCGCGGCCGGUGACCACUGCCGCGCCGACGAUCUCAUACUCCGAGAAGACAUCAGUGAACGCUGUGAGCAACGUCACCAGCUCUACUACGGCCACCAAACCGGCAGCGUCCGGCCCUUCCACGCCUGAAGCGCGCGAAGUCCCGAUCCAGAAGGAACCCACACCGACGGCGCCGGUACAACCGUCGCCUUUCAGCGAUGACCCCAACUCCUACAGGAUGGGAGAGUUCCUAUCAAAAUACCAGCUGGACAACCGGCCGGUAUCGCUCCUGCCUCGAGGCCUGACCAACCGCUCUAACUAUUGCUACGUCAACGCGAUCCUGCAAGCGUUGGUGGCGUGCCCACCAUUCUAUAAUAUGCUGAAGCAGCUGCCGUAUCAGACGAGACGGGGCAAGUCGAGCACGCCGGUCAUUGAUUCUAUGGUGGAACUCUGCUACGAGUUUAGCGCCAACGCGGGCGCUCCGCCCGCUCGAAGCCGUGGCCGGGGCGAAGCCGGGCCUGGCAGCGGCCCUGCCGUGCCCGCCGGGCCCCCGCUAGAAGGAGGCGCAGGCCUACGCGUGUUGCGGGCGCUCCGCCCCUUCCCCGGCUCGCAAGAGGGCCGGCAGGAAGACGCCGAGGAGUUCUUGGGGUGCUUGCUGAAUUCGCUCAAUGAUGAGAUGCUUGAGCUGAUGAAACUGGUUGAGCCAGAGGAGCCUAAAGACGCGAACGGACAACAAAAUGGCGUCGUUCCACAAGAACCGCCGCCGGAAGAAGACGAUGAUGACGACGAAUGGAAGGUGAUGGGUCCCCGCAACCGUGGAGCCGUAGAACGUCGCUGGGCCGCGCGUCGCACGCCCGUGGCCGACAUCUUCCGCGGCCGCACGCGCCUGCGCCUGCACCGAGCUCGAGCCCCCCGCCCCCCGCCGCACGCGCCGCAUCUUGUCACUGACGCGGUGCAGCCGUUCUUUACUUUGCAGCUGGAUAUUGAGCGCGCGAACAGCGUAAAAGACGCCUUAGAACUUCUAGCCAACAAGGAUACAUUGGAAGGAGUACCAGACGCCUGGCAGCAGCUGUCUUUGGAACAGCUGCCUGUGGUCCUACUGCUGCAUCUGAAGUGCUUCCAGUUGGAUGCUGAAGGACACACAGCUAAAAUCGUGAAGAAUAUCGACUAUCCUGUGGAUCUGAAGAUUGACCCCCGGAUCAUGACGUCAAAAGUGAAGUACACUCGUAUCCAGCGGAUAUACAAGCUGUUUGCGGUGGUGUACCACGAGGGAGUGGAGGCGGUCAAAGGACACUACCUCACCGACACCUACCACGACCAAGUCGGAUGGAUUAGGUAUGACGACUCGACCGUGACGCAAGUGGGCGAAGGCGCGGUGCUGAAGCCGAAGCCGCCGCGCAUGCCGUAUCUUCUGAUGUACCGGCGCAGCGACACGCUGCCGCACCGCGCGCCCGUCAAGCCCGAGUGAGACAUGCGUAAACUCGGGAGCGGCGCGGGCGCAGUGCAGGCUAGCGGCGCCCGGCGCAGGCGCCCGCGGCGCUAGUGUCGCGACCGCGGACAGACAUUGACGAGUGAGUUCUAUAUUACGUAUCGGUAAAAUAAUCGGCCCAUACAAACACGUACAUCUAUAUUUAUUACGCGAGAAUCACGCAAACAGAAAUUAUUACCGUCGGAAUGCCAAAAUAUACGCCAACGCAGAAUUGAAAUAUUUAUUUUUGAAAAUUUUGGAUGUGAAAUGUCGUGCGCAGCUGGAUUGACACGAGAUGGUAGCUCCGCAUUUGUUGAAGUGUUUGUGAAUUGACUGGUGUGUGUGAAGACUGUGUAAAUAUGUACUAACGUGUGCCUCUGAGGACUAUCCAGUGCAAAAAACGAACUAAUGUAAGUGUACAUUUAAAAAAAAGUGCUUUCUGGAGCAAUGUAAAAUAAUAAUGGUGGUUGUUAGUCUGUACUUUUUAUCUCAUCACUGUUAUACUUUCAGUUUUAGUUGCAUUUGUUUUUUGUUUUUAACUACACUAUCUCAGAAAUUAUGUAUUAUACUGUGUACAUUGAAGCAUUGCAUAUUUUAGGUUAAAUGUUUACUUGUAAAUUAUUAAAUGUCAGUUAUAAAGUACAAAAUUAACACAUUUUGUUUACUAGGCUAUCUAGGACGUUGUCCAUUCGGCUUGUCGUCGAUACUAAAUUUCAGAGCUUUUUCAAUGGAGCAAAAGCAAAAAUUUAACAAGGUUUUGCUAUUGCUGCUUUGGAGAAUUAGGGGACAAUAGCCCUAAAGGUUGCUUUUAUGUAUCAGUUUAUCGAAAUAAUAUUGUAAAUAUAAACUAGUCUUAAAAAACGAGUUGGAGCUUGUUUUCUCUAUUAUACUGUUGUUUAAUUUUGCAAACAUCAAUUGAUAAUCUAAUUGUAGAUUUUGUAUGGUUUGACAUCAUGUUUUAUGCAUGAGAUACAACUUCAUCUGCGCAGCUCCAACUCAUGUUAGUUGUUAGUUAAAUAUUUAGAAAGUCUAAUGGACAAUAUGGAAUUGUGGUGUUAUAAAUUAUAAAAAAAUGUAAAAAAAACAUGGUAGUCGUAUAUAAACAUUCAAAAUACGUAUUCUUUCUUAGCGGUUCUGUUAAUGAUCACGUUAGUAUUGGUGUAUAGUCACAAUAAAUGUGAAUUUUCUCAAGUGAAUACGAUAUGUAUUCUGCAUGAAAUUACAUUUCUGUGUAUCUAUAAUUGUGAGGAAGAUUAUGUAUAUUGAUUGAAAUAUUUCGUCCUAGAAAUAAUUGAUAAUGUAAUUUAGGGACCGUACAGAUUGUAGGCUGAGACUUCACGAAAGAAAAAUGGAAUUGUUAUGAUUAUUCUGUACAGUUGUGAUUUCACUGUGUAUUUAGUUCAAUGCGCAUGUUAUGGCAAUUGAUUGAAACAUAGAUUUCACACUGCUAUACAUAGACUUGAUUGUAUACGGAAUAUAUUUAUGGCUUCAAAGUACAAAAGCGAUAUGACGGGGACCAUGUAAAAUGUCGAAUUUUCGAUUGUAUAAAUCGAUGUUGCAAUUCGCAUUGUGGCAACACUGGCCAGUGUUGUAUGUUCACGUCGAAGCUAAAUACAAAGUGGGCUCGCGCGGUCUUUAGUGAGUGUCAGCCUCGCGAUAGUGUUUCAAAGAAUCGGUGCUCGGACGGACUAAACAAGGCAAGCGGUGACUUGUUACAUGUGAUAUGGACGGUGAUAACAUCGACGGAUCGUUGGUAGUCUGUAUAAUAUUGUUAUAACGAUUUAAGUGUUAAAUAUAAAUAGAUUAUUCUAUCGUCUCGCAGUUACUAAGUUACGUGGGGAAUGUCUGUUUUUAAUAUUAUUCAAAAUCGACUCGAUAUCUACGUUUCUUUUUCAUUUGUCCGAGAAUACGAAUUAAAUAUUAGCUGAACUGUUGGGUAUACAAAAUUUUACUAUGUAAUUUAUUAUCUAUAUUGUAAAGCGGAUUGGUUUAGUGAUUAGUGGUUUGAGCUAGUGCGAAGAUCAUCUUCUAACCAUUUGAUCUCACGGUAAAGUUGUUGUCUAAAACGCGUGAUAUUUGGGUGUAAAUAUCCUUCCUUGAGUGAUGAAGGCAAUACAUCAUGCCUUAUUUAGUGUUUGAAUGAUAAUAUUUUGCUAUUACAAAAUUGACCAAAAAGUAUGGAUAUCAUUUAAAAUUGCUACUAAAUUAGAGCUUUUCUACUUAAGGUGUUUAAAAAAUGCCGAUACAUUGUUAGGAUAAAUGAUAUCUUAACCAGUUUGGUGUGUGUCCAAAUGUAUGAAGAAUAUUUUAGUCUUAAAAUUAGUCAAUUUAACUAUUAUGAUAAUGAAACGAAAUAGAUUUAGUUUUGUAUGAUAAUUUCUGAUACAAAUUUAUUUACUAACUUGCUAAGCUUUUUAUAUGUAUAACUUGGUUGUUAAUUCUAUUUGGAUUGAGAGUAGGUCAUAGCAUAGAGUAAUUACGUGAUGAAAACAGGCAAUAACUAUUGUAAUUCAUGUUUGCUAUACACUUCCUCUUAGUACCUUGACAGGGAACAUAAAGACGUAAGAAAGUCAACGAAUCUUUAAGAAAAUUAAUCUGUUAAUAUAAAAACACAGGAAUAUGUAUGUUAUUGUUAAAUCUGCAGUAUUUGAAGGAACUCACAUUUUUAUAUUAUUAGGAAUAUAGGGAUCCCAAACAUAUUAUUUAAAAAUCCUGCCUUGUAGCUGUAUAUUGAUUUUGAUUGAAUAAAAUCAAUACAAUAAUUCACACAGCACUGAUGAAAAACAGGUGCAUAGGAAUAACCAGGGUUUGUAAAUUAAGAGUCCUGUGUUUUGGUCAAAAUCUUGACAUCCAAGCUAUGGCUUUGGGCUACAGAAUUCAACAUACCAUGCACAAUCUAUAAAAGAAAACCUAUACACAUAUAAUUUAUUUUAACGCCAUCUAUUUACUAAUUGUUCCAAGUCAGAACAAAUCGUAUUUACAAGGCGUACGGUCUCGUAGCUGCACAAAUCUAGCAAUCUACAACCACAAGGUCAUUGCAGUCUCAAAAUAGUUUGCACGAACUAGCCUCUUGUUUUUGUGUGUACUACACUCGAAACCUAGUAAGGUCAGAGUCCAAAACGGCUUGAGACAGACAGAUAAAAAACGAAUGAACUCCAUUCGGUUUCUUUGUAAUAUCAUAAAGUUAAAUGGACAGUUUGCACUUGAAGGUGGGGUGUAGUCCACAGAAAAUGUUGUGUGAAAGACUGAACGCAGGGUCUCCAAGCAUCUGCCAUUGUAGAAGGAGCACAGUAGAGAGUAAGGUUUUAUCGUAACUGCCUUUUUUUAGUUAAGUGUCUUAUGUUGCGUAUUUAUUGAAAUAGUUAAUAGUCUAUGUUUGUAACGAACCUCUUGUGAUUGUCGAUCUGAGUAGAAAUUGUAAAAACGUGUUUUAAUCUGAGCGGGACUCUGUAAGUUAACCAGUCAUAUUUUUGUAUUUACAAAGCCUUAUUUCGAAUAUUGUGACGUCUACAGUUAUGUUUAGUGUCUAAGAUAUACCGUGAGGUAUCAAAUGAGCGUCCGUUUACAGUCAGCGUCAAAUCGCUCGGGACACCCAAAGUAGCUAAAAAGCUCGCGACACGUCUGUUACAUUGGAAUAAGAUGCUGUCAAAUUUUUGGUCAUUUUGGGUGUCGCGAACUAUUUGACGCUGACUAUACAAUAUCUGCGGUUGAUUACACUUCUACUCUGAUUCACAAUCUGUUAGAAUUAAUGUUUCUACUAGCUAACUCAGGCAUUUAUAACUAUGUAUUGAAUGAUCCUUUCGCAGUUGGCUGUGACAUAGCUAUUAGGACAUCUACUGUUAUAAAUGACAGCUAGCACUGAUAUUUAAACACUUGACUUUAAAAUAAUAAAUGUGAAUCUUAUAACAUGUAUAUUCACUAUAAUUUAUAUAGAAUUACUUGUCGUCCCGAAAAAAAAAUCAUUCAAUCAUUGAUUUUUCAUCUGAUCAACUCAUUAUUUAGUAUAAAUUAUUUCUGUGUAGAUUAUAAAAUUGUUACAUUAUGUACAUUAGUUUAAAGAGUUUAUCAUUAGUGAACGUUCCUGAUAAUAGUUUUUAAAUAACUGAUCAAAAUAUUAGCGAGUGAAAUCGAAAUAUCGUUUAGUUUUGAUUUAGAGAAAGUGCAGCUUCCUAGGUUCACUAUUGACGCUACGUGCCAACACGAUCGCUUACAAUUCUUAUGAUCACAUAGGUGUUUUAUUAAUAAGUAUCUGAAUGCAUUGAAUGAGAGAAUUUUAACAUUAUGUUUACAAUUAUUGUUUGCCGCGUCACCGUAAGAUUUUACUAAUUUGCAGUAUAACAGUGUCAUCAACAGCUUUUUAAACUACUGCUUACGGAAUUAUUUGAUGUGAGAGCUUAUCUUUUAGGUAAUAUUAAUUACUAAGGAGUUUGUAAUGUUAAAAUGUAUUUUUAAUAAAACAUAGAAAUUAAUAAUUGCUCUCUUAGCACAAUCGUCCGUGUUACAGUCUCAAGGGUGACCGAGAUGCCAAUGUUAUGCAUUUCAUCUCAUCUUUUUUACAAUAUUUUUCAUUUUAAUACAGCUCAGGCAAACAUAUUGCAUGUAUCAAAAACAAUGAAUGACAAGUUUUUGAAUGAUUUAAUACCGAAUUUUUUAUAUGAACAAUAUAACUAACAACUCAACCAUCUAGUCCCCAUCAAAUUCCUUUGGUGCAAUUAUUUACUGAUUUAUUAUCGAAUAUUUUAGACGUUACCUUAACAGACGUGAAUUUAUACGAAAUGGCUCUUAUUGCUUUUAAAAAUGUGCAAUAGACUAUAAAAAUAUGCAUAGUUAUACAAAUGGGAUAACAAAACUAAACGAAACACGUUGGCGGUCUAUCUACUUAGGUUCUAGAGAGGUAUGUAAUAUGCAUAACAUUAAUUUUAUUAUUAUUUUUAUAUGAGAGGUUCAUUAUUUAAGUUACAGUUAAUUUUAGUGAUAAGAUCCAAGGCUGUAUUACCUAGGAGUGUUUUUUCCCCAAUGGAACACAACUGGAUUUGUAUUUUUUGUUUGAAAAUAUUUUAUUUGAAAUAUUGUGUAAAAAAUACUCCGGUUGGCCGUAAUAGAUAAUGCUUCGAACGAAAUAUAAAAAGACAAAAAAAUCAUCAUUACAUACAGUGGCAAUACCUAUUACGAUCAACGCUAUAAGUUGUUACAGUCCUCUCAACUUAAGCUGAGAAUUGCAUUUGUGUGAGUGCACACCGAUAGUGUAGAGUGGCAAUCGGCUUGAAGC